AGAUCACUGAAUCGUAAGGGCUUCAACUCUUCUUCAGUCAAAACUCGGUAGUUUAGUUAUGAAGAGACAAGUUUAUAUGCCUUUUCAAGGGACCCUUCUUUUCUCAAGUCGUGUAUUUGUGAGAGACUGAUGUGAGAACAGUGCGCGUCUUUGUGCGGAGUCAGUGUGCCAGGUCUGCGGUGUGAAGUUUGCACCUCAUGGGACUCAGCAGGCAUAUUUCGCAUUUGGAAAAUAACAUUCUCGGUGCUAUUGCUUUGCGAUUUCCAGGUAUUUUGCAUUUGUUGAAGGUUUUGGAAAUGCUUUGCAAAGGGUCAAGGGAUUGAUUUCUGAAGCGCUUUUAUUUUUCGGAUAAUACAUUCAUCAAGGUUUAAACAACCGAACUGAACAGAAACGUCAAAAUGUUGAUCCUUCCCAUGUGGCUGUUUAUAAUAUUGCUUGCCUUAAGGAUCCAUAGUGUACAUCCAAGCAAAUGCCCAAAGUUCUGCAUCUGUGACAACAUUCAGCUCACAGUUGCUUGUGUCAACAAAAAUCUCACUGAGGUGCCACCUACCAUUAAUGAGAUAACAGUGAAACUAGACCUGAAGGGAAAUGACCUGCAGGAGCUUCCUACAGGGGCGUUCUCACACACCCCUUACCUCACCCACCUGUCCCUGCAGAAAAGCAACAUUCGAAAAGUGAAGGAGGGAGCCUUUCGCAGACUUGGUCGACUUGUCUUACUCAAUCUGGCCAACAACAACAUUGAGAUCCUCUACCAGGAAUCCUUCGAUGGACUGACUUCUCUGAAGCAGCUACUUAUUGACCGAAAUAGGGUGGAAGAGAUCCAGCCUGGAGCUUUUUCACAGCUUGGCUUUCUCAACCUUCUCUCUAUCACACACAACCAACUUGUGUACCUACCCAACUUGGCAUUCCAGGGUUUGCAAAACAUAAAUUGGUUACGUCUCAGUCACAAUUCCCUCAAUUAUCUUGCAACAGAGGCUUUUGCUGGACUCUUCACUCUUACCCGUUUAAGCCUAGACAACAAUGCACUGCAGUUUUUUCCUACUGAGACAAUGACACGACUUCCAGAAGUUACUCGUCUGGACCUCGGCUAUAACCCAAUGAACUACCUUGGAGAGGAGUCUGUAUCCAUGCCCAAGCUCACUCACCUUUUCCUGGAUUAUAAUUCCCUCCAGGAUUUUUCGAACGCAGCUGUCCUGCUCUGUCCCAGUCUCACCCAUCUGGACCUAAGCCACAACCAGCUGCGUGUCCUGCAGCCGAUGGCCCCCGGCUCCCCAAAAUUAACCCGCCUUAAUCUGGCAAGCAACCCCAUCUACUGCAGCUGCUACAUGCGUCCUUUGCGAGAGUGGGCUUUACGAGAGCGCAUUCGUCUGGGUGGCACGUGUGCAGGUCCAGCUCAUCUGUCUGGUGAGAACCUGGGGGCGGUGCAGCCUGCUGAUUUACGUUGUCAAAGUCAGGAGGCCAUGUUAAGGGCUGAGCUGGAGGAGCUGAGCAGAUUACCCACGCUACCCACAACGCCCCCUCCGGAUAAAGUUAAAUGCCCAGCUAACUGUGAUUGUGAGGCUCUGAACCAUCACUCUUCUUGCGAAAACAAAGGCCACACCAAGAUCCCACGUGGAUUUGCACCAAGCACGCGCUUGCUGGACCUGCGAGACAACCAUUUCCAUUACAUCCCCGCGAACAGUUUUCCAGGUACAGGUGUAGUGGUUUCGCUCCAUUUGCAGCGCUGCAAAAUCCAUGAUAUAGAGGACGGUGCUUUCAAUGAUAUGAAGAGUCUGGUGUACCUCUACCUCUCUGAAAAUGAUCUCACCUCCUUGAGUCCUGAAGCGUUUAAGGGGUUACCCAAACUUACUUACCUCCAUCUGGAGAAGAAUCGUUUCACUCAGUUCCCCAAAGGAGCGUUCAAGCCAUUGCUUUGUUUGCUGGCACUACACAUGGAGAACAAUGUGAUCACCAAGUUGGAAGCCGGGCUCCUGACAGGUGCUGAGAAACUGAGGGGUCUCUAUCUGACUUCAAACGCCAUCACAACCAUUGCUCCCAAGGCCUUUGAUCCUGCACCUGACUUGGAAACUCUACAUCUGGGCAACAACAAACUGAAGGAGGUGCCAAGUGAAGCUUUCUCGAAAGCCAAAAGUCUGGCAGAGCUCAAUCUCUCUCGUAACCCCAUUCGCUGGAUAGGAGCAGGAGUUUUCCAGCCAGUUGCUGCCACACUGAAACACCUUUACCUUGAUCAUAUGGGUUUAGAAAAGAUGUCUCGAGAGUCUCUGGCAGGGUUGGGGUCCGGACUGCAGAGUCUGUUUCUGGAAGGGAACCAGCUUGAGGAGCUUCCAGAUUUGAGUCCACUCUCAGGACUUGAGGUCGUAAACUUGGCAGAAAAUCCACUGCUUUGUGACUGCCCACUGCUGCCUCUUCGCAAGUGGAUUGAACAGGUGAAUCUGAGGGUCAGAGCCGCAUGUGGCUACCCACCAGAACUGAGAGGUCAAGGGGUCAAAGACGUACACGUCUUUAAAAGCUGCCCAGGGGAAAAGCCUCCCCCUACUCAGAAUCCCAAAAUCUCCAAACCAACCAAGCGGACUGAAUCAGCUCAACUCAGCCCUUCAAAAGUCAAAGGCCAGCCACGGAAAACUGCAAAACCUCAAUUAGUGCAAAAAAACACCAACAAGAAAAGGAAGUCAGUGUGAGGCUGCUGUAUAAACAUUGCUGUGUAAAUCAUUAACUCAUAUCAUUGAAUGAACUAGUUUUGAGUAAUAAUGUAUGCAGAUAAUAACUAAUAUUCUGCCUAAUGUUUUAAAAGCUGCAUUGAUUCUUACUAAACAGUUAGGCGAACUAGGUGGAUUUAGAAGUUUCCAUCUUUGUUCAUAUGCAGUAUUGAUUUACAUGUACAAUGCUGAUUUAAUGGUCUAAGACUUGGUAACACUAAAUUGCUAAACCUGAUAUGUACAUUACCUCAAUUUUGUCAAAACAUUACUUUUAACUCAUUACUGUAAUACAUGUAAAAUAUGUUUUCAUCCUAUGGACCACUUCAGAUGAUGUAAACACUGGUCCAGAAGCCCUUCUGGUUUCAUUUUUUUAAUUCAUUUUGAAAUCUUGCAUAAAUAAUUAAAUCUUAACGAUAUUCCUUUAACAUUUUAAUUCCGUUCUGUUGGUUGUAUUUUGUUGAAACGUUUGUGUAGUGUUAAAAAAAUGAGUUUUUGGGUGCUUGCCUUUUUCUCCACCAAGUACGAAAGUUUUGAAAAGUUCUUCUAGACCAGCACCGUUUACACUUUCUGAGGUGGUCUGUAGAUUGUGUUUGCUUAUAAUACCUAGAACAAAAUACUAAAUAGCACU